CCAGGAUCAACAUUCAAACCUUCAAUAUGCAAUUCAAGUCCAGCAACGUCAUCAUUGUUCUCGCCAUGGCUCAUGGCCUGACAGGUUCACCCGUGGAAACCGGUGGUGAAAUCACCAGCCGCCCUGAACUCUAUCGAGAGGAUACAAAAUCGGGCGGCUCCCUAGUCUACUAUGGUGACUGGAGCGACGGUGCUUCCCCUGAAAAACGUUCCGAAACAGGCCUCGUCGAAGCCAGGAAAGCGACGGGGACCAACCGCCCUGAGCUCUUCCGGGAGGAGACAAAGUCCGGCGGCUCCCUCGUCUAUUAUGGGGAGUUAACCAACGGUACUCCUAUCAAGAGGCGUUUCGAAGCAAGGUCACCUUGGUGGUGGGGCUCCAACGACAACUGUCCCGACGAAUUCGACGACCUCGAAAAUAACUUGAAAUGUGACACCCGCAACACCGCACCAAACGAGCUCUGUGACAACCUAGUGAAUGAGCUGUGGGGCCAUGGCGAUAUUGGGGUUGGCCAGUCGCCCCGUCAGAUUUGUUAUAAAGACUCUAGUGACAAAGAAUGCUGCGUCUCGUGGCAUACUCAGCUACCCGCCACUCUGACCAAGGGUGAUCUGGCUAAACAUGCCAAUAGCAUUAUGGAAAAAUGCACUACAAGCGGCAUCUCGGGGAGGAUUCGCAAAGUGAACAUUCUUGGGACCUGUACAGCAGUCUGCCUGUCUAAACGUGGUAAACAUUGUUAG